CUUUAGCUCACCGUCUGUCUUUUCUAGCUGGUUAUCUGGACCGGUCAAUGACGGAUUUAGUUUCCGGUUUAUAUCGGUUAAUGAAGACUGGGGUGCGAUAGAAGACCGGGUUAGAGAAACCCGGGAUACCUUAACCCGACCCAAAUUUGUACAACCCAUUUUGUUUGCGGCUUUUGAAGCGCAGCAGCUAAACCCUAAAGCCCUAAAUCAAAUUUACGACGCUCAUCAGAGAGAGAGAGAGAGAGACGAUGGAUCACAUAGCUGCGGCGGAGGAGCAAAUCGUAUCGGAAAGGCUUAGAAGAAAGCUUGAAGAAGUCAAUGCAGCUGCUCAGGAUCAGCUUUCUCCUAUCCAAGAUCACAUCAAUUUCACCCUCCAGCAAGCUUAUUUCAAAUGUGCAUACGAGUGCUUUGACAGAAGAAGAAAGCAAGAGGAGAUAAGUAACUGCGUCGAGUACUGCAGUGUCCCCGUUGUCAAAUCUCAGCAGCAUUUCGAGAACGAAAUGGCUCAGUUUCAGGAAAGACUGAACAGAUCGUUGAUGGUGUGUCAAGAUAGAUUUGAAGCUGCAAAGCUCCAGAAGAUAAGGCCUGAGGCAGUUAACGAGAUGGAGAGCUGCGUGCACAAAGCCAUUGAGGAGAAUCUCAAUACAUUACCACAUAUUGUGCAGAGAAUGAAGACAGCGUUUAACAUUGCCAACUAAAGCUCACCAAUCGGUAAAAACAGUGGUUUCUAGAAACCUGAGUGGCCAUUGUUUGAAUAUUGCAGACUCAUAUAAAAUAAAAACCUUUUUGUUAUGUUUUAUUAUAAUGAUUUACAAAUUUGUUUUUAGUUAUUUUUAUAAAAAGAGUUUGUUCUUCGUCUUCCACUGAUAAAACUUUAAAACCCUACAGAAAUCCAAGUUUAUUUCUUUAGCAAGAAAAAAAAAACUCUGUUUUCUUGAUUGUUCUUGAAACUAAAGAACAAAGUUGUCAUAAUAGAUAUUGGG